AUGUCGAGACAAACAUCCAGGCUUGACGCAAAAAAAGUCAACUCCGAGCUUUUAACACUUACAUAUGGAGCGCUAGUAUCUCAAAUGCUAAAAGAGACUGAAAAUUCGGAGGAUGUUAAUAAACAAUUGGAAAGAAUAGGCUAUAAUAUGGGCGUACGUCUCAUUGAGGACUUCCUCGCACGUACUACAUCUACUAGGUGCUUGGAAAUGAGAGAAACUGCUGAUAAAAUACAGCAGGCAUUCAGGCUUUAUCUCAAUAUGCAACCUACAGUGACCAGCUGGAGUAGUGCUGGUGAUGAAUUCUCUCUUGUCUGGGACCAGUGCCCACUUAGUGAGUGGGUAGAGAUGCCCAACAAUGGGCUUAAGUACUGUGCUCUGAUACCUGGAGCUAUUAGAGGAGCUCUACAGAUGGUGCAGCUGGAUGUUCAGUGUUGGUUUGUGCAGGACCAACUAAAAGGUGAUGCUGUUACCGAACUUCGAGUCAAAUACAUCAAGAGGUUAGAAGAUGCUGUUCCGGCUGGAGAAGAUUAA